AUGCUAAAAACACUGAAACUGAAUCAAGGAACUUGUAAGUUUUGGCAUGGAGGCACUGAUGAGAAGUCUCUAAUCAUCCGUAAUAGGACAGCUGUAGCUAUUGGAGAAAACUUACAUGAGUUAAGGCGACUUGAACUCAUUGGAAACAACAUGACAAAUAUUGGGUUGCAGGCGAUUCUGGAUGGUUGUCCUCAUCUUCAAUCCCUUGACUUGCGCGAGUGCUUGUGCAUUGAUCUCAAAGGUGGCGUGGGGAAAAAAUGCUCCGAAAAGAUUAGGUGUCUAAAGCUACCUGAAGAUUCUAUUGGACUGUCUAUGAUUGCGGAGAUUAUUGACCUACCCAGUUGUCGGUGUCUCUUUCCCCCUACAACUUUCUUUUUUGAUCAGAGACAAGGUAAUGACAUCAAGGCAAUCUCUACACGCUGCACUUCUAAAUAG